AUGGCUACUAUGAAUGCUAUUGCUAUUAAAUUAGACAAUCGUGAGCAGACAUCACAAACUCAUUGCCUUAUUGCUUGUUUCUAUUUGAACCUGUUCAGUAUAAUGGCGAGUUGGGAAGAUGGAGCACCAGCAAUAGGCAUCGACUUGGGCACCACUUACUCUUGUGUUGCAGUAUGGAAACAUAAUCGAAUUGAGAUCAUACCAAAUGAUCAAGGCAAUCGAACGACACCAUCUUGUGUUGCUUUCACUGAUUCUCAACGCCUCAUUGGUGAUGGUGCCAAGAAUCAAAUUGCAAGGAACCCUGCUAAUACUAUUAUAUUCAAUGCAAAAAGGUUGAUCGGCAGGAGGUUCAGUGAAGUCAUGGUGCAGGCAGACAUAAAGCUAAUGCCAUUUAGGGUCAUAGAAGGGCCUAGCGACAUGCCAAAAGUUGUUGUUACGCACAAGGGUCAUGAACAACAAUUUUAUAUGGAGGAAAUUUCAUCAAUGGUUCUAUCCAAGAUGAAAGAGAUUGUAGAGGCGUAUAUUGGUGGCACAGUGAAAAAUGUUGUAAUCACUGUCCCUGCUUAUUUCAAUGAUUGUCAGCGUCAAGCAACCAAGGAUGCUGCUACUAUUGCUGGCCUAAAUGUCCUUCGCAUGAUCAAUGAGCCAACAGCAGCUGCAAUUGCUUAUGGUGUAGACAAUAAGUUUGGUGGAAAUGGAAAGAAGAAUGUGCUUAUCUUUGAUCUUGGUGGUGGCACCUUUGAUGUCUCUCUUCUCACCAUUGAUGGAGUGGGUAAGUUUGAGGUGAAGGCUGUUGCUGGUGACACUCAUUUGGGUGGUGAGGAUUUUGAUAAUCGUAUGGUUAAUUAUUGUAUUGAGGAUUUUAAGAAGAAAUGGAACAAGGAUUUAACCAGAAACGAAAGAGCACUAGGAAGGUUAAAAGUUGCCUGUGAAAAAGCAAAGAGAAUUCUUUCAUAUGAUACUCAAGUUUCUGUUUAA